CCAUCUCUCUCUCUCUCUCUCUCUCGAAGUUGCCUUCUUUUUUGCAGAACUGGUGCUCUGAAAGAAGAAAGAGAGAGAGAGACGGCACAGGGAACAGGAUAACAUUGAUGACAUAGGUGGCGAAGCUGACCCACCACCACCACCACCACCACCACCGAGGCCAGAGAGGGAAAAGAACGUUAAAAAAAAGGAGGGAGGGGAUUUUUGCUGGAAGUGGGAGUUGCUCUCAUUUGCUCCCCAGUGACGUUGAUUGAUUGAUUGAUCGAUGAUGAUGGUGUUAUGUGGGCGCUUUAUCAAAUCUGUGGCUCCAUCCCCAUUGAGUGUUUAGUUUCAGUCUGAGAGGAUCAGAGUGAUUGUUCUCCUGCUGGCCAUGGCGGUUCUUUCCCCUGCUCUCUUUGUCGAUCCAGCAGCUUUUGUUGGUGUUGCGGUUAUCGCUCUCUCAUUUCCUCUCUCGCUCUGAGGAUCGAAGAACCCAAGAAAAAAAAUCACCAAAUACAGUGUUUGUGAGAGAGACAGAGAGAGAGUGUGUUGUGGUGGUCAGGCAUGGAGGCAGCAGAAAUUUGGACACAUUUGUCUUCUAUUUGAAACGACUAGGAUCAUCUUUAACGGUGUUUUUCAAAGCCAAGCUCAUCUUCAUCUUUUGAGGAUACCAAACCACAAAACGAAAGACCUCUUUUCCUGAUUUGCGUACGAAAUUGGGUACGAAAUGCUGAGGAACAGGCCAAGAGCAGUGACAGGGAAUAAGCAAGCAUUGGUGGCCGAUCAGCGGUCUCAGUCCGCCACCACCGCUCAGAACAAGCACGCCUCUAAUAACAAAUCGAUCUUCCCAUCUUUCUUAGCUUCGAGAUUCAUGCAUUUGAUGAUCAAGACUGCACUCACCGAGCCCAAAUACGUAAUGGGUGUGGGUGGUCCAAGCAGCCCAAGCGCAACCCUCCACAUCAAUCCUUUUUCUCACCUCAAAUUCCCAUUUUGGUACCAAAACUAUCACCAACAUCCGAGAUUCCCAGAUAAAUUCCAUGAAGUCAACAAGUACCCAUUUCGAGAACUCGACUCCACGGCAAGGACCGGCCUCGCUCUUGUGGACACACUGUCGAACAACAAAGCACGCACCCAUCAAGAAUCUGUCGUCAAAGGAAGUGACAAGCUGGUCUUGCCCGGAUCAAGACUGAAAUUUGAGGCUCCUCCCGUUCAAGAGCCCGCGGUUUCUCCAAGUGGGUCUCCGAAUUUUGCGUUUCUUGACGAUCAGGCGCCGUUGAGAGGGCGUUUGUCUGUGAGCGAGAUGGAGCUCUCGGAGGACUACACAUGCGUGAUAUCUCACGGGCCUAACCCGACGGCCACUCAUAUUUUUGGUAGCUCUGUAGUUGAGACAUAUUGUUUGUCCAGCGAGGUUAAGAAGCAGACACUGUUUGGUCCAGAUAACUUCCUCAGCUCCUGCUACACUUGCAAGAAGAGCAUUGAACAGAACGCAGAUAUUUACAUUUACAGGGGUGAGAAAGCUUUCUGUAGCAGUGAAUGCCGGUACCAAGAGAUGCUGCAAGAUGAAGCAGAAGCAGAGAUCUUUGCAGAAGCCUGAUUACGUUUCUCUCUAACUCGAGCACUUCACACCUCCCUAAGUUUCGUGCAUCUCGAGAACUACUAUUCCAGAAAUUGCAGAGACUAUUAUUAUG